CGGUCGCGUUUAGACGUGCACGGGCAUAUUUUUUUCUCACGCCGGUCGAACUAAGCUUUUCCACGUUUUCGUUCUACCGUAGUCGCGCGUAUGUUCGAACGAUUGUCACGUUUCGUAUUUAGCGUCUACUUUAUCGACCUGACGCGAAUCGGACAUCAUUAGUAGAUAAUCGAUUAGAAUGCAUAGCCGGUCCCCGCUCGUGAUGGUGGUGGUGGUGGUCGUGUUCCCCAUCCGGAGCGGUCUGGGAACAUAGUAAGCGAGGAAUGCUGAUGACACUGGAGAAAAUUGCUUCCCCUUUUGGGUAUUAAAUGUGUGUUGAAAAUGGGAAGCAUUGAAACAAGUUGGCGCUUGACGUGAUCUUAAUUGACUUAUGGAAAAUAUUCUGCUUUAAGUUGGAAUGUUGAUUGCUCUAAAGUGAAGUGCCAGUGGGAAAGUUGUGUAAUGGUGUAAUGAUAGCGCUAAAUCGAGCAAAAUUUGAACGCAUCGAAGAAAUAAGACAAGGAGAAGACAAAUGAAAGCCGUACGCAUGAGUCGGAAGCUGUGAAGGAGAAAAUGAAGAAAGAACUACGCUCCUGCACGGCAUGCGGUGAGCCCAUCUCAGACAAGUACCUGCUAGACGUUGGCGGUUGCUCCUGGCACUCGGCGUGCCUUCGGUGCUGCAUCUGUCAUACCCCGCUCGACCACCAGCCGUCCUGUUUCUUGAAGGAACAGCAAAUCUACUGUAAGGCCGACUACGCAAAAACAUUCGGUGCAAAAUGUGCUCGCUGCAAUCGGAGCAUCGCCGCCUCCGAUUGGAUCCGUCGUGCUCGCGAGCUGAUCUUUCAUCUAGCCUGCUUUGCCUGUGAUAGUUGUGGACGUCAGUUGUCCACGGGAGAACAGUUUGCCCUAGUCGACGAAAAGGUGCUCUGCAAGACACACUAUUCGGAGUUAUUUGACUGUGGAACAUCCAGUGACGAUGGAUGCGAAGCCGAUGGUUGCCAGAAAAACAACAAAACCAAGCGAGUGCGAACCACUUUCACGGAGGAACAACUGCAGAUUUUGCAGGCCAACUUCAACAUUGAUAGUAAUCCAGACGGACAAGAUCUCGAACGGAUAGCGUCGGUCACUGGUCUCAGUAAACGAGUCACUCAAGUGUGGUUUCAAAACUCACGUGCUCGACAGAAGAAGCACGUUCAAGUUCCUAGAGAUGGCGACUUGAAUCCUUUCGCCAGACAUAUCAACCUACAGUUGUCGUACACAUUCCAGCACAGUCCGAUGCAUGCGACAUCGGUCGGACCUGCAGGAGGUAUGAACAGUGCAGUUGGGCCUAUGGGACCCUGUUUCAGUAACCUGAAUAACAACAACCUAAUCAGUGCUUCAAAGUCCUCGUCGUAUAGCAGACAUGAAUCGUCGUUGGAUGAACUUUCGGAAGAUUCAGCGAUUCAUUGCAUGCAAAGUGAAAUAUGAAAUCGGUAAUAGGAGAGGCGUAUCCCGUCCUGGCCAGUUCCAGUGUUGAGCCAAAGUGUGCUUAUAGUUGUGUAUAGGAAUCUCAAUUAAUUUGAUUUAGUCUGUAAAUGUUAAUUGCCUAACUUAACGACUAGUUAUUUUAUGCCUUGCUAGCCGAUACACCGUUGUUAUGAAUAAUGUAGCUAGAAAAAUUGUCAGUACUUCAAAAUGCAAAAUUUGGUGAUAGAGAUCCGUUCACUGCACGAAAAUAGUUUCUUGCAAGCAGUUGAUUUCCAUUGACAUAUACGCAAAUCAAAUUUGCAACAUCGCUACUUAAUUUAUUGCUAAUGUUAAUCCCUAUUUAUUUAUAAUACGGAUAUGUCCUUAUGAUAAUAUCAAACAAAGAAUGAUGACAGUGAACAUUUUGUCUGAAAAUGUCAGUCUGAAAAGAAUAAAUAUUUUGAAAUGAAAGUGUACACAAAUACUUUUAUGAUAAUCAAUUAGUAUUAUUUAAGUAAUAAAUGACAUUUAAAUAUGAA